AUGAGUUAUUCCGCGUUUAAAGGAUAUGCAUCUAACUGGAUAAAUAGAAAGAGUAUUUUGACAAAAAAUGGAAAUGGAUCUAGAAUCGCAUUAAUAGCAAGUAGUGGAUUUGGCAUGUAUAUUUUGUCAAAUGAAGAAAAUAGAAAAGAACUAAGAUCGCAUUGUAAUAAUGUAAAAAAAUGUAUAAAUAAUAUGGUUUAUCAAUAUAAUAAUAAGAAUAAAAUAUUUUUUGAAAAUUUAGUUCUUUGUGAUACUAAUAAUUCAAACAAAGGUUUUCGGAAUCCAUUAUGGAGAUCAGAAGAAAAAAGACCAAUUGAUAAAAUGGAAAAUGCGAUAAUAUUUAGUGGAUCGUCUAAUCCAUUAUUAAGUAAAAAAAUAACAGAUCAUUUAAGUACUACUUUAGGUAAAGUUAAUUUAAAAAGAUUUGCAGAUGGAGAAGUAUCAAUGCAAUUUCUAGACAGUAUACGAGGAAAAGAUGUAUAUAUUAUACAACCUACAUGUCCACCAGUUAAUGAAAAUCUUGUUGAAUUAUUAUUAAUGAUUUCUACAUGUCGAAGAGCAUCAGCUAAAAAAAUAACAGCUGUUAUACCAUAUUAUGGUUAUGCACGUCAAGAUAGAAAAUUAAGUUCAAGAGUGCCUAUAUCUGCUGCUGAUGUUGCAAGAAUGAUAGAAGCCAUGGGUGUUGAUCGAGUUGUAGCUAUAGAUUUACAUUCGGGACAGAUUCAAGGUUUUUUUGGUCCAAGAGUUCCAGUUGAUAAUUUAGAAGCACAAUUAAUAGGUUUAGAUUAUUUUACAAAAAAAAAUUUAUAUAAACCUGUUAUUGUUUCUCCAGAUGCAGGUGGAGUAUAUAGAGCACGAAAAUUUCAAGAUGGUUUAAAUUAUCGAGGAAUAAGUGAUUGUGGAAUUGCUAUGCUUAUCAAACAACGUAGUAAACCAAAUGAAAUUGAAAAAAUGGAUUUAGUAGGAAAUGUAUAUGAUUCAGAUGUCAUUAUUGUUGAUGAUAUGAUUGACACAUCUGGUACAUUAUGUGAGGCAGCAAAACAAUUAAAAAAACAUGGAGCUAGAAGAGUAUUUGCAUUUGCUACACAUGGUCUAUUUUCAGGACCUGCUAUUGAUCGAAUCGAAAAAUCACCAUUAGAAGAAGUAGUUGUUACAGAUACUGUUAAAUCUAAUAAAAAUAUUGAUAACUGUAAAAAAAUUACUAAAUUAAGUGUUUCAGUUUUAGUUGCAGAUGCUAUUAGAAGAAUACAACAGAAGGAAUCACUUAACGACUUGUUUAGUAUGAAAGGAUAA